AUGGGUUGCUUGUUAGACAAAUACGGGCAUAGAGUGAUGUAUAAUGUUGGUCCUUCCAUUGGACCUAAAUUCUCCUCUAAUAUUAGAAGAGGUGAUUGGUUUUGGCCCCAUAUUAGAUUAGAGGCCAUUGUAGAGAUCCAAAGUAGAUUACAUGAGGUUGAGCUUGUUGAGGCUGACCAAUCGAUUUGGGAUUCUAGAAGUGGUAAGUUCUCAAGUGCUGAUACUUGGGAAAAACUUAGGGAAAAGAAACCGGUGGUAGAAUGGCAUGAUGUUGUCUGGUUUUUGGUUGCUAUUCCUAAGCAUGCAUUUUUUCUCUGGCUUGCAUUCAAGGAUGUCAUUGUUACUAGGGAGCAUCUGUGCAGAUGGGAUUAUAAUGGAGAUAGCUUAUGUGAUAUGUCUCUUCUAUCGUUCAAGUAUAUGAAAGGGAAGAAUGUGAAAGCUAUUGCUAUAAAACUUUACUUUGCUGCAGCAACAUAUAAUUUGUGGUUACAUAGGAAGGCAUUGCUCCAUGGCCGGUCUCCCAAGUCUGAAGAACAAUUAUUGUCCAAGAUUAGAUGA